AAUACCUUGAAUGGUACAAGAAGGUGAGAUGGACUUCAACCCUCUUCUGCCUCUACACGCGAACACAUGCCGAAAAUCUCAUGGAGAAUUACGGAUGAAAACAGUCUGCAAGCGAAGCCGCAUUCUCACCGCCUCCUCGUUCCUGGUCCUCCACCGUUCUUUCUUACCGUAACACUAACGAUGCAUCCUAGUCGCUUGAGGUCAACGCGGUCGGCGGAAAAUGCAACCGCGGCAUGUCCGUUCCGGACUCGGUGUCCCUGCUUCUCAACAGGGCUCUGACUGAGCAGGAGUACUUUCAAGCAGCCACCCUCGGCUGGAUGAUUGAGCUUUUGCAGGCUUUCUUCCUGGUGUCCGACGACAUCAUGGACAGCAGUAUCACCCGCCGUGGCAAGCCCUGCUGGUACCGCCAGGAGGGCGUGGGCAUGGUCGCCAUCAACGAUGCUUUCAUGCUCGAAUCUGCCAUCUACACUCUUCUGAAGAAGCAUUUCAGAUCUCACCCUUGCUACGUUGACAUGCUUGAAUUGUUCCACGAGGUUACUUUACAGACUGAGCUUGGGCAACUGUGCGAUCUGCUCACAGCCCCCGAGGAUGUCGUAAACCUCGACAACUUCAGCCUCGAAAAGUACAGCUUCAUCGUCAUUUACAAGACCGCCUAUUACAGCUUUUAUCUCCCCGUUGCCCUUGCCCUGCAAAUGCUCAACAUCGCCACCCCGAAGAACCUAAAGCAGGCCGAGGAUAUUCUCAUCCCUAUGGGUGAGUACUUUCAGGUCCAGGAUGACUACCUCGACAACUUUGGUCUUCCCGAGCACAUCGGCAAGAUCGGCACAGAUAUUAUGGACAACAAGUGUUCGUGGUUAGUAAACCAAGCACUCAAGAUUGCCACUCCCGAGCAACGCAAGAUCCUAGAGGACCACUAUGGCCGUAAGGACAGUGCGCAUGAGGCCGAGAUCAAGAAGCUGUACAACGAUAUGAAACUAGAGCAGAUAUACCAAGACUUCGAGGAGAAGAGCGUCAGCAGCCUGAAGGAGAAGAUCAGCAAAAUCGACGAGAGUGAGGGCUUAAAGAAAGAGAUCUUUGAUGCCUUCCUAUCUAAGAUUUACAAGCGAAGCAAGUAAUUAAUCAGAGUGAUGAGCGUUUGACAAAUGACUCGAGCAAUGCAUCAUUCGGAUGCCUCUUGUUGCACAGAAAUGUCAGCCUUCCAUUGAGGAUGUGGAAAAAUUUAGACGGAUACGGCCAUGAUAAAAUGGAUCUGAAGCGAACCAGCUAGAAAAGGACUUGAAGUAGACAAUGGAUAUACCCUCCCAUACUCUCGUGCUAGCUUCGCGUCUUAGAUACUUAAGGCAAUAUUUACGGAACAAGGAGUUUGCAAGCUUAUAUAUCUUCUGUUAGACCUUGACCGUUCGAACCCGGCUUCUUUGAUAUUGAAGUGACAAUAGUGAAGCAAAGAAGAUCGCUGGGCCAUAUCAGCUUUAAGGUGGCUGGGAUAUCGCUGGAGUGUGUUAUAUAAUCAUCACAAUUCCGCAAGGAUUGCGAGGGCCAAACCUCAGGGGAAAGGGCGUAGCCAUCACGUUUCAUACGGUCCUAAACCUGAUAAAUUAGUUGACAAUGUGAUAGAUAGCUCAAUAUAUUUGUACCUCUGGAAG